GAAAGAAUGCAUUUUCACCAUCGACCCAUCAACUGCCAAAGAUCUUGAUGAUGCUUUGUCCUGUAAACAACUCCCUGACGGGAACUUCGAAGUGGGUGUUCACAUCGCGGACGUGAGCUACUUUGUACUGGAAGAAACAGCACUGGAUAAAGUAGCAAGCGAAAGAGCAACUAGUGUCUAUCUAGUGCAAAAGGUGAUCCCGAUGCUUCCCAGGCUGCUCUGUGAGGAGUUAUGCAGUCUCAAUCCCAUGCAAGAUAGGCUGACGUUCUCCGUGAUGUGGAAGAUGACUCCAGAAGGCAAGAUCCUUGAUGAAUGGUUUGGAAGGACGGUCAUCUGCUCCUGCGUGAAACUAAGCUACGACCAUGCACAGAGUAUGAUCGAAAGCCCUGGGAAGGUGUUUGCACCUGAAGAACUACCCCCUGUCUCCCCUCAACACUCAACAGCCGAGAUCCAGCAAGCUGUGCUGAACCUGCAUCGCAUCGCCCAGCACCUCCGCAAGCAGCGCUUCAUCGAUGGUGCUCUGCGCUUAGACCAGCUGAAGCUCUCGUUUACCUUGGACCAGGAGAGUGGGAUGCCUCAAGGCUGUUAUAUCUAUCAGUACCGGGACAGCAACAAGUUGGUGGAAGAGUUCAUGCUGCUCGCGAACAUGGCCGUGGCCCACCAGAUCUACCGCUCCUUCCCCGAGCAGGCCCUGCUUCGCCGCCACCCCCCGCCCCAAACCAAGCUGCUGAAAGACCUCAUGGAGUUUUGCAGCCAAGUCGGCCUCAACAUUGACUUCAGCAGCGCGGGGACCCUGCACAAAAGCUUAAAUGAAACAUUUGGUGCUGACAAAUACUCUGAAGCCAGGAAAGAAGUGCUGACCAACAUGUUCUCCAGGCCCAUGCAGAUGGCUCUCUACUUCUGCACCGGCAUCCUGGAGGAUGAGACCCUCUUUCGACACUACGCCCUGAACGUGCCCUUCUACACACACUUCACCUCACCCAUCCGCCGCUACGCGGACAUCAUUGUGCACCGCCUCCUCUCCGCCUCGCUCGGUGCCAGAUCCCCCAUCAGGAUGAAGAAAGAGGCGAUCCAGAGACAGGCAGAUCACUGCAAUGACAGGAAGAUGGCUUCCAAGAGGGUGCAGGAGCUCAGCGCUGACCUCUUCUUUGCCGUCUUCGUCAGAGAGUGUGGUCCUCUGGAGUCAGAGGCCAUGGUGAUGGGUGUCCUGAACGAGGCCUUCGAUGUCCUGGUGCUGAAGUUUGGAGUCCAGAAGCGCAUCUACUGUAAUGCGCUGCCUUUACGGGGCUUCCAUUUUCGGAAGGUGGGGAGGAAGCCAGAGCUGACGCUCAUGUGGGAGCCGGAGAACCUGGAGCAGGAAUCUGUGCCACAGGUGAUCACCAUUUUCACGCUGGUGGAGGUCGUGCUGACAUCGGACGGCGUUCCACUCAAGUACAGCGCCCUGCUCAAGAGACCAGGCUCAGAGAAGUGAGCGUCUGCUCCCCGCUGCUG